AUGACUGAGUGCAACCCACCCGUUGAUUAUCACCAUCAUCACAGGCAAGAGGAUGUUAAACCUUUUGGCCAACAGCAGCUAGAUAUUAUCACUUCACAAGCAGGAAAGACUUACCCCUACAGUUUUGCUCAAACUUGCCGACAUCAAGUGGACAGUUUGCCAAGCAGAAUGUCCCCGUCUCAUGACAGCACCCCAUUCCAGACCAAUAUAUUCUCAUCGAAAUCGGAGCUGCAGCUGCAUUCCCAGCUGCACAUGCGAGAGGUGAAGCCUUACAAGUGCAACCAGUGCAGCAAGACGUUCGCGAACAGCUCCUACCUGAGCCAGCACACAAGGAUCCACCUGGGCAUCAAGCCCUACCGCUGCGAGAUCUGCCAGAGGAAGUUCACCCAGCUGUCCCACCUCCAGCAGCACAUCCGCACCCACACCGGCGACAAGCCCUACAAGUGCCGGCACCCGGGCUGCAACAAGGCCUUCAGCCAACUCAGCAAUCUCCAGUCCCACUCCCGCUGCCACCAGACUGAUAAACCUUACAAAUGCAAUUCCUGCUACAAGUGUUUCAGCGACGAACCAUCGCUCCUCGAACACAUACCCAAGCAUAAAGAGUCCAAACAUCUCAAGACUCACAUCUGCCAAUACUGCGGAAAGUCCUACACCCAAGAGACUUACUUGACCAAGCACAUGCAGAAGCACGCAGAGAGGACGGACAAGAGGCCUCCGAUCAUCGGAAUACCCAGAGUGAGCCUAGACAACCCUCACUAUUGGCCCAAGGUGUCGCCCGACACAGCCAACAACCUAGUCGAUGUGAUGCAGCAGCACGACGCCUACGGCCAGAACGGUGUCCUUCCGGACCAUCUGCACCACAGGCCUGACAUGAACGGCGAAGACCACCAUAUGCGAGGAGUACAGCCACCAGCACCUCCUCCGACUCCUUCGGCUACCGGCUCACCCCUCAACUACCACGACUCCGUCAUAUCGGGGAAGACCAACACUUCCUCAGCCUCGGCGUUCACGCCUAUCCAGUCGAUGGGGGUACCGAGCCACCAUCACAACCACCUCAACCAUCACCAGAUGGAUCACCAUAGACCGGCCUACUUGUCCUACAACACUAUCGCCUUCCCCGGGACCAAGAUGGGGCAGCUGCCGGGCGUGCAGACUUCUGUCGGGAUGGAAAUCCCCAAGGCGCCCGUCACCUCCAACGGGUUCCCCAACCAGCUCAUCUCCCUCCACCAGAUCAGGAAUUAUGCCCACCAACCCGCACCCACACUCAUGACCACCGAACACCUCCUUCAAGGGCUCAAGGAGAAAGGACAAUAA